AUGGAUGCAAAGAGCAUGCGCGUCCCUCUCGGGCGCCUCCCGCCGGCCCCGCGGCGCCUGGGUCUGGCUCUGGGGCUGGGGCUGGCGCUGCUGGAGCCCGCGGCGGCCGAGGAGAGGCGCGCGGCCUCAGCCUGCAGGGACAUCCAGACCAUCUUCCUCCCGAGGAACAAGCCCCCGAAGGACCCCCUGGGAUUGUUAGCCCGGCGAGGCUUCAGCCUGGAGGACUAUUUCAUCGGCCAGUCGAUCGGCAAAGGCUGCAGCGGGGCCGUGUAUGAAGCGGCCGCUCCUGCCGAGCCCCCCGGGGACGGAGGUCGGGGGCCCAAGCGGAAGGAGGGCGCUGGGGGCGCCUCGGAGGCCCAGGGGGCGGCAGAGGCCGAGGGCUGGAAGGAAGGAUUUCCGCUGGCUAUCAAAAUGAUGUGGAAUAUUUCGGCUGGUUCCACGAGCGAAGGCAUCCUGACCACCAUGUCUCAGGAACUGGUCCCAGCCAGCGGACGGGCCCUUUCCGGAGAGUUUGGGGCCGUUGCCAGGCCCAGGGGAGGCCUCUGUGGGAAGAAGUGGCUGAAACCCCACCCCAACGUCAUCCAGGUGAUCCGGGCCUUCACCUCCCAGGUGCCACUGCUGCCGGGCGCCACGGUGGACUAUCCGGACGUCCUGCCUUCCUCCCUGAGCCCCUCCGGCAUUGGGCACAGCCGCACCCUCUUCCUGGUGAUGAAGAACUACCCCUGCACCUUGCGUCAGUUCCUUUCCGAGGGGCGCCCGGACCCCUGCGUGGGGGCCCUGAUGAUCCUGCAGCUGCUGGAAGGGGUGGAUCACCUCGUCCGGCAGGGAGUCGCUCACCGGGAUCUCAAGUCAGACAACAUCCUGGUGGAGUUCGACCCGGCAGGCUGCCCAGGGCUGGUCAUCACCGACUUUGGCUGCUGCUUGGCUGACCAGCGGCUGGGCCUGAAGCUGCCCUUCCCCAGCUGGUAUGUGGAUCGCGGGGGCAACACCUGCCUGAUGGCGCCUGAGGUGGCCACGGCCGUGCCAGGCCCAGGCGUGGUGAUCGACUACAGCAAGGCGGACGUCUGGGCCGUGGGGGCCCUGGCCUACGAGAUCCUGGGGCCCGGGAACCCCUUCUACGGCCAGGGGGGCCCUGCCCUGGACAGCCGCAGCUACCGGGAGGAGGAGCUGCCCCCCUUGCCUGCCCCGGCAGCCCCGGAAGUGAAGGAGCUGGUGGGGAGGCUCCUGAGGCGGAACCCGGCCAAGAGGCCAUCGGCCCGAGUGGCGGCCAACGUCCUCCACCUGAGCCUCUGGGGCGAAGCGGCUGUGGGCCGGCCGGGCCUCCCCCUCCCGCAGCUGGUGGCCUGGCUGCUCCGGCAGUCGGCCGCGGCUUUAAUGACCGAGCGGCUGGGUGGCGGCCGAGGGGUGGUGUCCGGCUUGAAGAGGGGCUUCCUGGCCGGCCUGGACUACGAGGAGCUGUGCGAGGCGGCGGCCCUGCUCUGCUGCUGGAGGGGGGCGGCCUGUCCUGCCCCCCAGUAGAAGCGCCCCUCCCCGUGUGGGUGGAGGGGGGGGAGUGGCGUUUUCUGCCCAGGGUUUCAUCCAGCUGGGAGGAGGCGGCUGGCAGUGGCCCCUUCGGAGGUCAACCGCAGCCGGGCUCCCCUCCUGGCCUCCCGCUUGGCCCAAGUAGCACCCGUGUUCCCGUGUGGUUUUGGGUUGCGUGUCAUUUGAGCUCCUUUGCUUUCCCGUUUGAGCACCUAGGAAAAAGCCCAAAGGCCCAGAG